GCCCGAAUAAUUAAAAAAGAGGAAAAAAGCACCUACAGCUUUUAGUGGAUCGUAGGAAACAACGUAACCCACAAAACUCCAUCUAGGACCAUUUGAAACUAGGCAAGUAGACACAUACUUGAUUUUGUUUUGCUGCGUGCGGCUCCCUCUUCUUUUUUGUUUCUCCUUCUCGUCCUCCCACAACGAAUCAUGUUCGCCCGCCGCUCUCUGCUGUUGUCGUCGAGUCAGCUGGCCACUCGCCGCGCCGCCCUCCUAAGCGGUGCCGUCGCAUUGCGUGUGCCCGCCACUCGCCCUGGAAUGGCCUCCUCCCUGCAGAACCCCAGCGCCGCGUUGACGUGUGCGAGGCGUCAGUACCUCGGUGCAACGGUGUUACCGAACUUCAUGACCCACUGCACGCAGAUCGGUGCCUGCACGUCGCUCUCGACGCUUCUCUAUAGUCCCAUCGGAACUGCCAUGAUUGUGAUUCUGGCGUACAACGUCGUUGUGAUCUGCUCAAAGCACGUGAACUAUUCGUUGGAGAUCACGGCGAAGGACUACGUGCAGGACCAGCAGCUCCUCACAAUUAUGCGCUACGGUAUCCUUAGCUGCAUUCUUCUCGGUAUGGAAGUGAUGUUUAUUGAGGUAUAA